GCUGAUGGAAGCUGUAGAAAAACAGUGAUGCUGACGCCACAACCGCCAUCAUCAUCCUCCAGAAAGUUUGUUCAGACUCACUUAUAUUCCAAAUUAAUGGCCCAGGUCUCCCUGGAGGUCUGUGGUGAUAAGGCCCAGAUUACACUGAAGGUCCAGUCCACGAAUAAAGAGGUGCACAAAGUUGGAUCCUCUGAGGAUUUACUGACACCAUUUAAAUCUGUGCAGACGGGUUUGGAAGGAGAGACUCUGACUCUCUCCUGUAACUAUUCAGUUGCUAUAUAUAAUCUCUUCUGGUACCGACAGAGUUCAGGUUCAUCUCCACAGCUCCUCAUCGCAGGACUUUCAGAUCAAACUGGAGAAAAGUUUUCUUUGAAACACAAAAAAAAAGAAAAGGAGUUUGACCUGCAAAUAUCCUCUGCUGCAGUGACAGACUCUGCUGUGUACUAC